CCCUCCAAUCAGCGAGGGAGGGGGUGGAGCCGCAGCCCUCCCUGCUGGGCGGGAGGACUGGGAGUGCCGCACUGUCGGAGGGUCAGCGCUGAGGGAGUGCCGCACUGUCGGAGUGUCUCCUCAUCCAGGGGUAGGGACACUAGCUCUGGGUCACAAGAGGGCCAUCGCAUCACAACAGAGUAUCUUUCACACUGAUUUAUCAAGUGCAACAUCAGGGAGAGCGGGAGCAUUCCUUUCUUCCAAAAGGCUUCCAGUCAAUAGAUUACAGAUAGACUUUCUGAAUCUGUCAGUCAUCGUUACAGCUGAGUUUCUGCUCCCCCCCCCCUUUCCCAAAUUAAUCUCGUUUGCUGCUUUGGAAAGUGAAUUAACCUCAAUGAGGUGGAAACGGCAUUGUUAAUCACAUUCAGGUGGAGGUAAUGCGCCUGAUUCAUUUGAGCCUUACAAAUGUUGUUUUAAAAGUAAAGAGUUGGUUGGGUAUCAGGACUGUGCAUCUUAUGUAAAUUGUGGAUUGCCUCAUGUCUUGUGAUAUGGAGAAUGGGAAUUAUGGGGAAGCCCUGGUCUGUUCUCUCUGCCUUGAGUUAUUUGUGGAGCCUGUUCUGGUGGGCUGUGACCGUAAUUACUGCCGCACUUGUAUUGAGUCCUACAGGGAGGCCCAGGGUGGCAGUAUCUGCUGCCCACAGUGCGGUGUGAGUACUGAGCAGCUGGUGCUGCAGCCCAACCGGGUACUGAGGAACGUGGUGGAUAAGAUUCGCCGGCUGACCACCCCCCAGCAGGACCUGGCUGAGGAUGAGCGGCUCCUGUGCCCGGAGCACCAGGAGAGGCUGACCCUGGUCUGUGAGACGGAUGGUAUGAUCGUCUGCCUGGUGUGCAGGGACUCGAAACUUCACAAGCAGCACCGAUUCAGGGAGCGGGCUGAAUUCCUGGCAUCCUGCAAGGAUAAAGGAGCGGUGCUCUUAAACUCUCUCAACCAGAAGGUGGUCUCUUUAAAAGAUGUGGUGCAAAAACAAGGGCUAGAGAUUGCACAGCUGAAGGAUAUGGGCUGCAGUCUGAUCUGCCACAUUGCUCAGCAGUUUGCUGACCUGCACAGAUUCCUCAAUGAGCACGAACAACAGCUCCUGGAGAAGCUGGAGGCUCAUGUGGAAGGCCACCUGGUGGGAAUGGAAGGAAACCUUAUAAAGCUACGGGCGAUACUCUUCUCCACUGAGCAGGACAUUUUAAGCAUUGAGGCCAAAUUGGAUCAAGGCGACUUGGCAUCUCUUAAGGAAGUUAGCUCUUGGAGGGACAGCAGGCUUUCUGAAGAGACGCCCACUGUUCUGCCAGGGAAUGUGUGCCUGGGAACAUAUAAAGGUCCAUUACAGUACAAACUAUGGAAGGAAAUGAAGAAUGUCAUCCAUCCAGCUUCUGACAGCACGUGGCUACACAACGAUCAAAGGUAGAGGUGACCAUGAACCAGACAGAAAUCUCUACAGCAGUCGACGGGACGAGCAGAGUAAAUGUACAGACAAGAAUGCAGAGCACCGUAGAGUUUCUGUAAUAAAUCGUAGCAAUCACCAUGAAAUCUGCUGUCACUGUGGCCACCAACCUGUGAGUGAUGUGUUUGGUGAGACUGCAUUUCCCACAACUCAGGAUCACGAUUGCCACCAGGUUCACUGAGAAUUAGAAAAGAAAACACUAGCAUAACUGGUUGUAGGUACCAAUUAUGUGUGAUCUGGCAUUGGCGUCAGCAUUAUAUUUUCUGUUUGUGUUCUGCUCUGCUGUGCUGAAGAUGCUAGUCAUUCUGGUGGAUUGAAUUUGUUAUGGUUCACUGAGAUAGUGCUCAAUUCAAGCCCCUUGUUCCUGAAGUCUUUGUUAAUAGUUACAACUUUUUUUUAAGGUUCUCAACAUUCCUCAAUUUGCAUGACCCAGAAAGGACAGACUAGUUUUAAUGACAAUUGCUAUUUAUUAGAAAGAAAUAGAACAUUGUUACAAGUAAAUAGUUACAAACUUUAGUGUUUUAGCUGGUAGCAUUAAAUGCCAAAUACAUCAUAAUUUCCCCUUGUGCAGAAACACACACACAAACACAGUUUGAGGAGCACAAAAGCUGAUGUUUCGGGCCUAGACCCUUCAUGAGGAAGGAUCUAGGCCUGAAACAUCAACUAUAGAAGGAGUUAGGAGAGCCAGAUUAAAAGGUAGCAGAAAAAAACAAACAAUGAAUAAAAUAAAUAAAGUAAGAAGGAAGGCAACAACAACAAUAAAAGAGAGAGUUGGAAAGGUGAGAUGCUUCAUAUAAUACAGUGUAUUAGAGAAGAAAUCAAGAUUAGAGAUUUCGUAAGAACCGAUAAAACAAAUCGUAAAACAUUAGACAGCACCAGGAAUUGAAGUGAGUAAAAAAGUCAACAAUAACACGAGUAUAAUUGAUCAAGAGAUAUGAAGUUACUGAGAUUUAAAAGAAAAUAGAAGAGGAGUAAUGAUAGGGGAAUGCAACCUUCAUUGAUAGCAUGAAAGAUGUAAUAUGUUGAACAGAAGACAACAUCAAUAAAAGAGAGAAGACAAAAUUUUCUGAAAGUAAAAACAACUUCAACAGUGGAGAUGCCUAAAUGAGAGCAAAGCUCAAAGUCUUAGAGAUCAAUACAACACCUUUACUGAGAAUAAAACUCAAAGGAAUAUAGUACAUACCAGGCACUCCAACUCAGUGAGGAUAGGAUAGUAUUGGAGGCAUUUCUGGAUAAAUGUUUUCAAGUUACUGUGAAAUCCUGUUCUGGUAGGGUGAUCGAUGUAACUGUCAAA